UACCAGUAACACGUAACUAUUAAAAAGACUUUAAACAAAACUAAAAUCAUUAUUAACAACACAUCUUUGAUUAUUUUAACAUACUACCAUUAUUUUAACAUACUACCAUUAAAAAGCUGCUAAAUAAGUGCAUGAAGCGAGUCAGUUCCUAGUCUUUCCGGCAAGCAAUCACUUGGAGAAAUGGUGAUCAGCAGUACGACCGACGAUUACGAUCAGAAUUUGCACUGUACUUUCGCUUCCAGAUAUGUCCGUACGUCUCUUCCAAGGUUUAAGAUGCCUGAUAAACCUAUACCGAAGGACGCCGCAUAUCAAAUUAUAAACGACGAGUUAAUGCUCGACGGUAAUCCGAGACUGAAUUUGGCAUCAUUCGUGACCACAUGGAUGGAGCCCGAGUGUGAUAAGCUUAUUAUGUCAUCACUUAACAAGAACUAUGUUGACAUGGACGAGUACCCAGUCACCACUGAACUUCAGAAUCGUUGCGUAAACAUGAUUGCCCGUUUGUUCCAUGCUCCCAUUGGGGAAGACGAUACUGCUGUUGGUGUGGGAACGGUAGGAUCAUCAGAAGCGAUAAUGCUUGCAGGUCUUGCCUUUAAAAGGAAAUGGCAAGAAAAGAGAAAAUCCCAAGGAAAAACUUACCAUAACCCCAAUAUUGUUACUGGAUCUAACGUGCAGGUUUGUUGGGAGAAGUUCGCGAGGUACUUUGAGGUCGAUUUGAAAGUGGUAAAUCUGACAGAAGAUUGUUAUGUGAUGGACCCUGUGAAAGCUGUUGAAAUGGUGGACGAAAACACGAUUUGUGUUGCUGCAAUUCUCGGUUCUACAAUGACAGGAGAGUUUGAGGACGUCAAGCUUCUUAACGAGCUUCUAACGAAAAAAAACAAAGAAACAGGAUGGAACACCCCGAUUCAUGUUGAUGCUGCAAGUGGAGGGUUUGUUGCACCUUUUUUGUACCCGGAUCUUGAAUGGGAUUUUCGUUUGCCACUUGUGAGGAGCAUAAAUGUGAGUGGUCACAAGUAUGGGCUAGUGUAUGCUGGUGUCGGUUGGGUUGUGUGGAGGACGAAAGAGGACUUGCCUGAUGAUCUCGUGUUUCAUAUAAACUAUUUGGGAUCUGAUCAACCUACUUUUACACUCAACUUCUCUAAAGGGUCGAGCCAGAUAAUUGCACAAUACUACCAGUUUAUACGGCUUGGCUUCGAGGGUUACAAGGAUGUCAUGAAGAACUGUAACGAAAAUGUAAUGGUGCUUAAAGAAGGACUAGAAAAGACGGGGCGGUUUAAUAUAAUCUCCAAAGACAUUGGGGUCCCUUUACUUGCGUUUUCUCUUAAAGACAGUUCAAGUUACACCGUGUUUCAUAUAUCAGAGUCUCUACGGCGAUUCGGGUGGGUCAUUCCUGCAUACACUAUGCCGCCUGAUGUGCAACAUGUAUCUGUUCUUCGAGUUGUGAUACGUGAAGAUUUCAGCCAUAGUCUCGCAGAUAGACUUAUAGCGGAUAUCGUCAGAGUGGUUAACGAGAUGGAAGCUGCACGUUCCACUGACAACACGAGAAAUGCAAAUAUUAGUACUAUCAAAACGAGAAACACGCACGAAGGAGAGGCUAGUGAACAUAGCAAGAGGGAAAUGCAACUAGGAAUAAGCAAAUUCUGGAGGAGGUUCGUGCAUGGUAAGAAAAGUAGCAGUGUCUGCUAGUUAGUUUUUCACUUUUUUUGUUUCGUCGGAUAUGAAACUACCUUAUUGUAUAAUCAUCGUAUACCAUGUUUCCGUUGGUUUCCUUAAUAUCUGUGUAUACGUCAUAGCAUAUCAAUGUCCCUACGGUUUGUGUUGCAUGUCAA